CGGGCCAGACUGAGCUGGAGAAAGAAACUCCUCCGCUCCUCCGUCAGUCGCCAUUUUGAGACGGUCGACCCGCAGACACUGGUUGAAAACGUUGGUAAAGCAGCAGGUCUGUAACGUUUUUAAUCAUAUUUUGACCGAGAUUAGAACCAAUGUCUCGAUUUCACAACAAUCGCGGCGGACUGGGGAUGAAUCAUUUCCAGGCCCGCAGAGGCGGUGGACCCGGCGGCCCGAUGCGCGGAGGGCUGAUGGGGAACCCGAACUUCAGGAACCAUCCCUUUCAAAACCAGAACCAGAAUCGACGGGGACACAAUAACUUCAACAAACCGAAUAAUCAAGGACCACAGACCACCCCUCAGAAGAACCUGCCCAUCAUCCCUCCACCGAGUCCCGGCCCGGCUCUCACCAUGAAGGGCCCCAUGCAGCAGCAGCAACAGAAGCCGGCACAGCAGCCACCGAAGCCGGCGACCCCCGCUCCUCAGGUCAAAGUCGAGGCCUCACCGCAGAAACCCAUCCUGACCUCCCCUCCACCCAACCAGGCAAACAAGACCCAGACCCAGACCCCGCCGCUGAAGUCACCGAUAGGAAAUGCGAACGGGCAACAGCAGAAGCAGCAGCAGCCGCCGCCGCCACGUCCGAGCCCGAGGAGCGGCCCUCACCAGGCCCAGAGGACGGGCCCUCACCAGGGCCAGAGGGGGGGACCUCCGCCGAACAAGUACAAACACGACCGAGAGGAGCCGGAGAAACGUGCUUCAAACACGGAUACGGCGGAGGGCAGCACGCCACAGGAGGGAUUCAAGGCGACACUGUCCAUGCUGCUGAAACCUGGUGAGAAGACCUACACUCAGCGGUGUCGUCUGUUCAUUGGUAACCUGCCCAGCGACAUCACAGAGGAGCAAUUCAAGAAGCUGUUCGCAAAGUAUGGAGAGCCCAGCGAGGUCUUCAUUAACAAAGGCAAAGGCUUUGGUUUCAUCCGGCUGGAGUCCCGUGCACUUGCAGAGAUUGCAAAGGCAGAGUUAGAUGACACGCCAAUGAGAGGCAGACCUUUGCGUGUCCGAUUUGCCACACACUCUGCAGCCCUGUCUGUGAAGAACUUGUCGUCAUUUGUCUCCAACGAGCUCCUGGAAGAGGCGUUCUCACAGUUUGGAAUGGUUGAGAGGGCCAUUGUCAUCGUAGAUGAUCGUGGACGCUCCUCGGGCAAGGGUAUUGUAGAGUUUGCCUCCAAACCUGCUGCCAGGAAGGCUCUGGACAGGUGCAACGAAGGUGUCUUCCUUCUCACAACGUCACCUCGGCCUGUUAUCGUCGAGCCUCUGGAGCAGUUUGAUGAUGAAGACGGUCUCCCAGAAAAACUGGCACAGAAGAAUCCCAGAUAUCAAGCAGAGCGUGAGGAGCCUCCUCGCUUUGCUCGUCCCGGCACUUUUGAGUUUGAGUACUCAAAGCGCUGGAAGUCCCUCGAUGAAAUGGAGAAGCAGCAGAGACAGCAGGUGGAGAAGAACAUGCGUGAGGCUCGUGAGAAGCUUGAGAGCGAGAUGGAGGAUGCCUACCAUGAGCACCAGGCCAAUCUACUCCGACAGGAUCUGCUGAGGCGACAGGAGGAGCUUCGACGUAUGGAGGAGUUGCACAGUCAGGAGAUGCAGAAGAGGAAGGAGAUGCAGAUCAGAGGCCAGAAUGAGAUCAGAUCUGUUUUAAACAGACAAGAGGAAGAACGACGUCGAAGGGAGGAGGAGAUGAUUCGUAAGAGAGAGAUGGAAGAACAGAUGCGCCGUCAGCGUGAGGAGAACUACAGGAUGGGCAACUUCAUUGAUAGGGAGAGGGAAAUGAGGAUGAAUCCCGGUGGAGCUAUGGGCAUGGGAGAUAUGCCUUUUGGUGCAGCCGGUCAGAAGUUCCCCAUGGGUGGAAUGGGCUUUGAGGGACAGCAGGGAAUGGGGCCAUCCUCAGGAGGCUUGAUGGGCAACGAAAUGCGCAAUGAGCGCUUCGCCCAAGGCGGUCCUAGGGGGAUGGGUCCUGGCAACCCUGGGUUCGGCAGGGUUCGUGAGGAGUUUGAUGGUCCUGCUAAGAAACCCCGUUUUUAAACGCUGCUCUUUGAUGCACCCUACAGCAAUUUGUACAGAUACUUCAAAACAAAUAUGUUGAGUCGCAUUUCUUGUAUUUAAGUUUAAGAUUGUUGCUACAUUUUAGCUUGACAAUUUGCUCCUUUUAUGACAAAGUCAAUAUUUUCCUUUUUUUAUUUUGUAUUGUCAGUAGUUUGGAAAGAUAGCUCGCCCUCAUGUGAUCCAUUAGUUCUUCCUGACCCAUGUACAUUUUUCUUUUCUAGAUGUACUUUCCUCUGUGAGUCGCCGUGAAGUGAUAAUUGUAACAUUUUUCUCAACUUUCUAUGGCUGUGUUUUGUGCCAUUAAUUUGGAAUCAAAGCAUGUAUUAUAAUAAAGACAAAUUGGUUCUAUGAGGACAAA